CGAGGUACUGAUUUGAAUUCCUCAUUUCUGGACGGCGACUGAACCAGAAAACUUGUCUUGAAGAGUCGCCACACCCGAGUACGGAUAUUCACGAUCGACAUCCAAGCAUUUACGUGCAUAACCCGCACAAGAGCUCCCCUCUGAGCGGUCUAGCUAUGGCUACGCUCGGUAUAUUCCGCUCCACAAGAGCCUUCCGUCCGCGACAAAGCUUUCAGAGAUGCCAGAUCGGUUUUAUAGAGCUGCGACGAAAUCUUUCUUCUUAUCUAGUCACACCUAAUGAGCUAGCAGAAGCUCUUAAGAAAAGCCCGCCCUCAUCCAUCAGCCCCGAACCCCGAGUUAUUCCCCUAUGCGCCGCCUGGUUCUUACCAAAUGACGAACGAAAAGGUAUUGAGGUCUUCCGAGAGAAGCGAAUACCCAAGGCCCGCUUCUUCGACCUUGAUAAGGUUAUCGACAAGCGAAGCCCAUAUCCCCAUAUGCUUCCAAGCCCCAAGACCUUCGCCGAAGCGAUGAGUUCCCUCGGUAUCCGAAAGGAAGAUACGGUGGUUGUAUAUGAUUCAAAAGAGUUGGGAAUUUUCAGUGCGCCAAGAGUGGGCUGGACUCUUAAAGUAUUCGGUCAUCCUAAGGUACAUGUCCUGAAUAAUUUUAAGAUAUGGGUGGAAGAAGGACAUCCUACAGAAUCUGGCGAGCUCUACAAUGUAGAGUGUAAUCCGUAUCCGAUUCCGAAACCCGACGAAGUUAAGGUCGCAAGCUUUGAAGAGGUGCGGGAGGUCGCCCUAGACUCCAACAAAGAAGGUGCGGAGGGCGUUCAGAUUAUUGAUGCAAGACCUAAUGGCAGAUUCACCGGCAAGGAUCCCGAGCCUAGAGAAGGCCUCUCUUCUGGCCACAUGCCAGGUUCUAUCAAUAUCCCUUUUAGUGCUGUUCUCGAUCCCAAAACGAAAGCAUUCUUGCCAAAGGAGCAGUUACAAAAGUUAUUUAAGGAGAAAGGAGUGGACCCAUCGAAGCCCAUCAUCUCAACGUGCGGUACCGGAGUAACAGCGGUUGUCGUCGACACUGCUCUUGAAGAGGCAGGAUAUGGUACCCCUGAGACUCGAAGGGUCUACGAUGGUAGCUGGACUGAGUGGGCACAACGAGUCAUUACUUCAGAUUCAUUAAUUCGCAAGGAUGAAUAGGGGAUGGAGGUUUGAAUCGGAGACAGGAAUGACGAUGAGAUACCCUCCUUUUUCAGGACUUCGUUGUGCUUUUGUCGAUUUAAAUACCUACAUCCUUUACACAUACCUCGUUAUCCUCUGCAUCGUGCAUCUCUUGCAUCGUUUGCAGCAAAUAU